AUGUCCCUUUCCACGGGACCAGUUCUAUUAAGAUCCGAAGUCGUCGUCAUCGUAUCAGUGCGUGACAUCACCCGAAACACAAAAUUCACCGCUCAGAAGAAACUAUUCCCCAAAUUCAACACCAAAUUCACACUAACUCACCCAUUCUCGUGCCCGAACCCUUCCAUCACCCAACAACCCUCCCAAACCCUCACUAAGCCCCGAAUUCUCACGCGCCAACGCCUCCAACUCCUCACGCGCGCUCAAAUUCGAAACCUCCACCAUUAUAAUCGACCUCCAAUGCCCACAAUUACGGCAACGUCGUCAUCGGAAGCAUCGCAACAUCUGGAGCUCCGUGCCGCUGAGCACGGUGCAACUCCAGCGCUCUCCGGCUAUCUCUGGCGUCGAUCGGCACCUGAAGAACUUCUAGGUCAAAGAAAACUUACACGAACGAGCCACAAAUGUAACACUACGCAGAUUCCGGCGAUUAAACUCAGCCGAGAAAGCGCGAGAAAAUCGGAAUGA